ACGUAAAGAGCCCCACAGCCUUUUCUUGAGUGGCGUACUUUCUUUCCGCGUCUUUCAACAUCACCGCGCAGCGAAAACAACCUCCAUGGCAUUCCGUAGGCGACUCUUUCGACACGACGAGAACUAUGGCAUCUUCAGACCUACCGAACCGCAGUGGGCAGCCCAGGGGCAUGUCCUGUCGUACAGCUACCCCGUUUAUUCCAGGGAUGAAGAGUUAGAGCCUGUUCACUACGACGACGACGAAGACGACGAUGACGAUGACGACGAUGACGACGGUGAUGAGGACGACAAGUUGGUGAAGGGACCCCAGAGACGACAAUCGUAUCUACGAGAGGGAACGGGACUGCAGGAUGCCGCAAACUUCCAACCGACUGAAUUCACUUUGGACACAGUAUUCAGACAGCUGGAGGCCGAUAUGACGCUCUUCCCCGACGAGGGGAGGCCCAUUCAGAUACUAGAAUACGCGGAGUGUGCACCCGCCAAGAAAUUCCUCUCGGUUCUGGAGGGACGCGAGGAGUUCCCCGAUGUUUCGCAGUUGCUGGCGGAGAGCGUGGCAGUCAAUACGUCGGGCAUUCGGAUCCGCGGAAGCUUCGGGCCGGUAACCAUGAAAACGGCGGAAACAUCUGCCUUUUUUAUCUGGCUGCCUUUUCUGGGCGGGAAUCUCUUCGCUUUCGACGAAAGUGUUCGGUUGACGGAAUUUGACGGCGCGCUCGCCGGUCCGACUCUCGGGGGUCGGAGAGGAGAAGGUGUUCACCAGGCCUUGUUCUUCAUCCUGAAUAACACCACUAUAGCGAAAUUCACCUCCAGAGAAUGCACCACCCAAAACCUCCGCCUGGAACGCCCGGGACUGACAACUGGCGCGUUCCAUCACGUUGCACACAUGCUUGCCAGUGUCAUCCUUUCCGACAAACCACUUCUGAAUGAAUAUCGUGCGAAGUCCAAUAGAAGCUUCCUCUAUCUCCAAGCCCUCAGCACCGAGUUUGGCCUCGGGACCUCAGAAAACUCCCCCGAUAGCAUUGACGACGCGAAGCGAGCGGCACUCGAAGAGAUCUCGAACCACCUGAUGUGUCUCGCCAUGGCCGUCAGUGUGUGGGACAAGCAGAUCAGCCUCCUGCGCGACCUCGUGAACAAGCUACGGAGCGCGAUCUCGGGGGAACAGAUUCCCGUCGUCUCACAGCAGCAGGAGCAGCUCAAGACUACCAUAAAAUUUCUCGAGGUGACGAAAGAAGCACGGCUGGAGGUGCGGAAAGAACUAGGUGUCGUGCUGAAACAGCUGAGAACAUCCUACGAGAAUGUUAUACAACUCGUCGCGAGCGUCACUCAAAGCCGCCCGGAACCGACAGCAGCAUCGGCAUCGGCAUCGGCGGCAGCAACGGCGCAGCUGGAGGCAAUGAGGCUGCAAAGCCUGAGUGGCAGUACCACCGGCACCGGAUCGAGCUCGGACGGCGAACAGCUGCAAGAGUUGAAAAAGAUUUAUGCAGGCAGCCUUCGGCAAGAGGGGUUACAGAAGGAAAUCCUAGGUUGCACGGAGAAGCUGGUAGAAAUGGCUGGCGAAGGCCCGUCCGAGGCCACGGCGGUGGACAUGAAAGCCCUUCUGGAGAGCUUGAUCGAAAUCAGCGAGGACGAAGCGCGGGAAGCCAAGCGCCAGCAGGCGCGGCACCAAUACGAAGCAAAACUCGCACGUGAAGCGAGACAGGCGGCCGAGGAUAAUGCUAGGAAGAUGCGGGAGGAUAUAGCGCUUCAGGGGAAUACCAUGUCGCUGUUCACCGUGGUGACGAUCAUAUUCUUGCCGCUGGCUUUUUUCACACAGUAUUUUGCCCUACCCUAUGCGCAGGGCAAAAUCGAUACAGAGACCAAGUUUUGGAUCGUCGUGGCUCCUAUUACCAUCGUCAUCCUCAUCAUAACGCUCCUCGUAUACUUGCACAAGAAGUACAAAACGACGGCGCUUAAAGACUACGUCAUAGCCAUUUGCACGGGUAAAGGAUUCAAACGGCCCAAAGACCGAGCUAAGAUGCUCCGAGAAAAGGAAGAUGAGGAGAGAGCGACCAGGGCUCAGACUGAUGAGCAAAAGGAAGAGGAAUUUAUAAAAGCGGAGUUAGCAAGGCAGGAGGCGAUUAAGCAGUCGGAGGCUAGAAGUCGAAACCAAAGCACAGCAAGUACGCUACCACCGAGGCAACCAGUACUCAGCCAGCACCGAAAACCACACAGCGGAAGUGCGGCGGCUGCCGCUGGUACACGCGCGGCCGUGGGAAGCGCGGCGGAGGUGCUGAGCGUCCGCGCAAACGAGUCGUUAGUGAUAAACGUUUGCUUGGAACAUUCGGUGUUAGUGGGGGCGAACACCUUGGCAGCCAACAAUGGACCGGCACCUUAGGAAAAGGAGGUGGUUUAAGCUUCUGUGCGCUUGUGUUUUAAUGUAUGAUUAAACGAACAG